AUGACGGGGGACUCGGAGCAAUCCCUCCGAACAAGAGUGGACAAGGAUGAGAGAGACCAGGAAGACCGGCUUCGGCUCCUCCUCAGGAAGGUUCUGGAGAGGCUGAUGCAGUUUAUUCAAAAGGUGCUACUGGAGGAAGGACGGCUCCAGAUGCAGGUGAAGGAAGUGGCGCGUCAGUGGGGCAGUAGCCUUCGCACCGAGGAGGCCAUCAAAGAUAAAUCCAGAAAGACAAUGCUGCAUCUUGUGACUGAAUUCCAGGAGUGCGUGGGAAAGGAGCAGGCCUCUGUGCACAGUGCGUGCAGCCAGCUUGAAUACCUCCGAUACCUGUCAGAUACGCUGGCCCUGCAGGCGAAGGACCUUCUGUCCAGAUCACCCCAGUGUUUCGUGAACUAUCCGGGCGACUGGUUCUACAACGUGGCUGGAGGCCCCCGUGGGAGCUGGGAGGUCGUCCAUCGGAAAUUGAUCCCCUUGCUCAAGUCAGUGGUCCAAGCUUUGGAGGACAACAGAAGGGGAGCCUCAUGCCCUGAGAUCCUUCUGGGUCUGGGAUUAGGAGAAGGCUCCUCCUCCAGAAGCACUUUGAAGGUGUCUGAGGCUCCCGGCGAGCCUCUCAGGACUGCUACAAGUCAGGAUGUGGCUCCCCCUGCGGUCAUCCCCCCAGCACCACCUGCUUGGCCCACAGCGGAUCACUCCCAGCUCCCGCAAGAAGUCCAGAACAGGAUGUUUUUGGAGAAACAUGCCAGUGAAAUGGUGCACCUGCAGCUCUCCUUGCUGGCAGAGGAAAUUAACAUGAUCUCUUGCCUUCAUGAAUCAUCCAAGCACAAGAGGAACCUGGGAAUGGCACACAGCCAGAACUUGGAAGUAGCCCAGGAGUGGGAAUCCCUCCUGUUAGAACUGGCUGAGCAUCACCGGCAUGCUGAAGAAGACCUCGUCCAGCAGCAGCAGGAAGAAAUUACUUGUGUUGGACUCGAUCCUGAUCAAGUGGUGCUCAAAGGGGGUGCCUUGUUCUCUCUAGACGAAACCCUGCAGCUCCUCGUGUUGCUUCAUGCCCAUCUGCAGAGAGAACACGCCGACCCUAGAGCCCCUGUGGCAGCGGAGAGGAGCGAAACACACCUGGAGGGCAAAUUCGGUGCAGGCUUGGUAGCUCAGAGAAUGAGAACUGCUGCAGUCAAGAUGCUGAAGGAAGAAGCUGCAAAGCAAGUGUGGACAUACCGAGUUCUGGACUGUUACAGCCGCUUCCAGAGACGAACUUGCCCUGAAGAUGUGCUGCAGGCUCUGGACAGCUUAUGCUACCAAGUCACGGGGGAAACCGUGGCCUGGGAUGUGGCCCAGUCAGCAGAAGCAGAGCAGGUGGAGAAAGCUGUGAACUUCAUCCAAGAGCGCCAAGCGGACGGGGAUCCACGUGCCUGCUUCAGAGGAAGGGAGGAGGCUGAUCUGAGGAAGCUGCGAGUCCAGAUCCAAAUGGAGCUGCAGGCACAGAUAGAGGAGAAGGUGGAGGCCAAAGAAAGGGAAGUGAUGCAGGAGGCUGCAGAGAGGCUCGCUGGACUCCCUGCUGAGCACGUGACGUAUUUCCUGCUAACUCAGAGGCACCUGCGCCAAGCGGUCCUUGUCCUCGCCGGUGGCCUCGCGCUCCAGAUCGCGGGUCCGACGGCCCCAGGGGUCCUGGACGAGCCGCUGGAGGAUGACGACAUGGAUGCUGUCGCGCAGCUGGUGGAGGCGCGGAAGGGGUGCAGGCGCUUGCUGCUGGAGCUGCAGCAAGCUGCACGGAUGCUCCGGCUGAGGGAGAGGCAGCUCCAGGAGAUGGUCCGGAUGCUGGGGGCUCAGCCCUCCGACAAGGGGACUGCAGAACGACAGGUGCCCAGCUGCUGCCCACACCGUCCAGGGCUGAGGGGCACGAAGGCCACGAGAGGUCUUCAGGGCCCUGCCACUUCUCCUCCAGCAGGUUAUGGCUAUCUGGGCCAUGCGUAG